GCUCAGCCUCUCGCUCCUGCCCAGAGCUGCUCGACGCCAUGAGGACGAUCACGGUCUCUGGCGAGCCGCUCCUCGACAUCCGCUGUCACCUCGGCGAAGGCCCGUUGUACCAGCCCGAGACGGACGAGCUGCACUUUCUCGACAUCGCGCGAGGCGAGGUCCAUCACUACAACUGCGCGACCCGGGCGCACGAGGUCGACGUGUACGACGCGCACGUGUCGUGUAUCCGCCUUCGUCAAGAUCAGCCAGGCUUCGUCGCCGUCGCCGACCGCGGCUUCGCCUUCCUGCCUGCCCGAGCGCCUGGAUCGUCGCACGACUCGCCCGCCCCGGUCACCUACCACGUGGAGCUCGAGCCCGACCUGCAUCCUCGGUCCAAGAUGUUCAACGACGGCGAGAUCGACACGCUCGGGAGAUUCAUGGCGGGCACCAAGCCGGCGAGGGGCGAGGCGAUGGGCAAGAGGGAGGAGGUCAUGUGGCGGCUCGACGGCGAGGGCAAGCUGGACAAGGUCAUGGACGGCCUGGCGCUGCCCAACGGCAUCGGCUUCUCUGUCGAUGAGACGAGGAUGUACUUUGCAGACACGAUUGAGCGCACUAUUUUCGUGUACGACUACGACGCCUCGACCGGCGAGUUCUCCAACCGCCGCACGUUCCACCACUCGCCGUCCCGCACCUCGCCCGGCGGCCUUCCCGACGGCCUGCUCGUCGACGCCGACGACCACGUCUACUCGGCACGGUUCGCUGGCGGCAAGAUCAUCCGGUUCAAGCCGUCGGGCGAGCCCGACCUCGAGAUCGUGUUCGACGACGCGCGCCACGUCACGGCGUGCGAGCUCGGCGGCAAGGGCGGCAGCACGCUGUUCGUCACGACGGCGAGCUUGGCCGAGAACGGCGACGACCGGGACGAGGCGCUCGUGCGGCAGUACGGUGCGAGGAGCGGCGCGCUGUGGGCGGUCGACCUGAGCGGCGAGGGGGUCCGGGCCAAGGAGCGGUUCCGGUUCCGCAGUGUAGCCCCGAGAGCGUCGCUGUAACAGGUCCC